GAAAAAAGAGAGACGGAGAAAUAUAAAGUGGAAAAAGGAUAAUUAAUUAAAAUGACGAGAGACGUGCAACGUAAUGAUAAAGCGAUUGCAACUCCAUCGAACGUGCUACUUGCUGGAGUACGAUGUGGGUAGGUUUUUAGUACGCCCACACUAGCGGGCCUAACCGCUGUAGUCUCCGGCGCUGCGCACUGCUUUCCCGAAGCUGAACCGUGGUUCUGGGAUCGCUGGCGUUGGCCCUGCAUGGAUUCCUGGUCUGCAUGCUUAGCGAUGGUCAUGGAUGUACGGCCGCAAAUCAGAAUCCGUGGUCAUGACCAACACAACAUCCUCGUGAAAAUCCGCUAAAACGGUCGAAGGAAGAGCAAUGCUCGACCGAGGCAAUGCUGAUUUGCCCGUUGGGUUCCUAUCUCGUCUUCCUCUCCGUUAGUGGGAUUUCCCUGAAAGUAACCAUUGAACUCAAUCCCAAGAGCGGAAAUCGGCAUCAUAGAGCUUUGAUGCCGCAAAGUAGUCUAUACCCCUCGUAUUCUCUGUCAGGUCAAUCAAAGACAACCUGUUCCCAUACUCCACAAUUGUUCAGGCCUCUGACGCCCCGACCCAUUGCUUGCAUACCUUGACUCUUAAGAGAGUCCUCCGUGCGACCUAAAGAUCGUUGGCCCACCCGCCAAGCGCCGUCGCUUGUCAGAUAUACUCUGCUAUUCUCAAUCGGGACCGUGACCCAUCGUGUGGGCGCCUUAGUGUCAUUUGUUUCAAGCUCUAGCACGACGGGCGACGCACAAAAGGAGCGGUGAGAAAGAGGCGCGGGCUGUCAUUGAGGGGGGAAAACAGUGAAGAUAAAAAAAAAAAAAUCCAUAGAGAAUAUAGUUCAAAGAAUUGGGCUAGAUUGUCAGCCAAAGCCGAUAUAUUGCCCAUUGCCCUGCUGAUCGCUGCGCUCACAAGCC